ACCCAUGUGUACAUUUUACCGUACCGCGUCUUCGCAAGCUCAAAAUUAAUUAUUUACAAUUUCAUCGACCCCAGUGAAGAGAUCCCCUCUAAAACUCCAUUUCCCCAGCCCAAUUUUCUGUCUGCAACAACUCCCACUGCUCCCCUCUCUCUCUCUAAAAGUUUUGAGAGAGAAAACAGAGAUAAUGGUUUUGAAAUUAUUCCUUUUGCUAUCACUUUUAUUGCUAUUUUCCACCGCUGCAUAUUCCCAGCGGCGGCAGCCCAUCUUAAGCACUAGUUAUUACCAGAAAAAAUGCCCAAGAUUUGAGCAAAUAAUGCAAGAUGCCACCACAAACAAGCAGAUAACCUCCCCCACCACUGCCGCUGCCACGCUCCGCCUUUUCUUUCACGACUGCUUCAUGGGUGGAUGUGAUGCCUCUGUCCUCAUCUCUUCCACCCCCUUCAACAAGGCCGAACGCGACGCUGACAUCAACCUCUCCCUCCCCGGUGACGGCUUUGACGUGGUGGUUCGGGCCAAGACGGCCGUCGAACUCGCUUGCCCCGGCGUCGUUUCCUGCGCUGACAUCCUCGCCGUCGCGGCCCGAAAUCUAGUCCUAAUGAUGGGCGGCCCGUAUUACACUGUAAAACUAGGCCGCAAAGAUUCUCUGAUUUCGAAAGCUUCCUAUGUAGAAGGGAAUUUACCAAGACCCACAAUGCCAAUGACUCAAAUAAUCCAGAUUUUCACAUCCCGAGGAUUUUCCAUUCAAGAGAUGGUUGCUUUGUCGGGUGCCCACACCAUUGGAUUUUCACACUGCAAAGAAUUCAGCUCCAUUCUCUACAACUACAGCAGAAAUGCGCAAUCAGACCCAGCUUACAAUCCCAGAUUUGCUCAGGCACUGAGAAAUGCUUGUGCAGAUUGCAACAAAAACCCAACACUUUCAGUGUUCAACGACGUAAUGAGUCCGAACAAAUUCGACAAUAUGUAUUACCAGAACUUGCAGAAAGGCCUAGGGAUUCUUUCUUCGGACCACACAUUGAAUUCGGAUCCAAGAACUAAAGGGUAUGUGGAACUGUAUUCAAAGAAUCAGAAUGCAUUUUUUGUGGCAUUUGCAAGAGCAAUGGAAAAGUUGAGUGUGUACGGGGUCAAGACUGGAAGAAAGGGGGAGAUUAGGCGCAGAUGUGACGCUUUUAAUAACCGAUGAAUUUUUAUUUUCUAUUAUUAUCAUUUCUCCUUUUGUUGUAACAAUCUCAUAAUUUAUAUGCAUACAUUAAGCUGAGUUUUUAGUA